AUGAACCUCGACGAUGUCUAUAAUUGGAUCCUUGGCCAUAGUCAAAACUAUCCAGGGAAACACCAGGAAUCCCAGCCAAGAACUAUUGCAUCUUAUAAGCCACUUGAAGCAAAAGCUCAAUUUCAUAUAGUCAUCAAGGCUACUGCAGAAUACAUUAAAGAGAAAAUGCUUAACGGAAAUGGUGUCAAUAUGAAGGAGUUAGGAGCAUUUACAAUGGAAGUUAAUUCGGAUUAUGUUAAGCCACUCCAACAUUCAGGAUUUAACAUGACUCAAGAUCUGGGAAUUCAAAGGGCAGAGAGAAAACAUGUUCAUCAGAUAAGACCAUGUUUUGUUCCUGACAAUUCUUUUAAAUAUUUCUUGGCUCGUUAUCCAGGAAAGGAGGAAAUAACAAAGCCUUUGAGUCAACAUUCCAUAUAUCAAAAGGGCUUUGGAAUGAACUUCUGUAAUGCUGGACCCAUUGCUGCAUCUUGUUAUUUAGGUAAGGAUGUUGUACAAUCCAUACACAACUCAUUGAUCAAGGCCAUUCAUGAUCUUACUAGAUUGGGACACAACUUAAAUAUAGAUUUUGGAUUCAUCAAAAUCAGUGUUAUCAAUAGAGACCUAAAAUAUAAAUACGAAUAGUCAUUUAUUAAUCGAUUAAAUUAGACUGAUUAUGAACUCAAAAUGCGUUAAUCUGAUUUAGCUACAUCUUAACAUUGGACAACCACUUACUAAGAGAAAUGGUCUAAGAGCACUUUAAAUAAUUUAUUGACACGUCCAAAUCCAGGUUAAGUACAAGAUAAUUAUGAAAAAUCCAUGGCAUUGAAAAUCAUGUCACUUGAUCUCAACACAGCUGAAAAAACAGAUUAUAGCAAAAAGUAGAAAGUGCAAUUACCAGCAUUAAAUAAAUGAGUUUGUUUUAAAAACAAUACCAAAUAUUAAUAAUU